AGCUCAUUGUGCGGAGUGAUCUGAUAACGGACUACACCCAGCCCGCUGCCUCAUCACCACCCUGGCUUUCUUUGCUGCCCCAGCCUUGACGUUGGUUAACGUCGAAGUGCGGGUUUAGAUUGGAGAUUCGUCUGUUAAGGUCUUUUCCCCCCUUUCCUAUUUAACUGUCUCCUUGUUUGUGCAACCCGUAACUUCCAUUGAGUAGGGUUUUUUUAUAGAGCAUCUUGAAUAAUGUCUUGGCAAAGCUACGUGGAGAACCUGAUGGCCGAUGGCAGCUGUCAGGAUAGCGCCAUUGUUGGAUAUACGGACGCCAAAUAUGUUUGGGCAGCACACGCCGGUGGUACCUUCAACAAUAUCACGCCUCAAGAAAUUGACGUACUUAUCGGUAAGGACAGGGAGACCUUUUACACUGGCGGUCUCACUCUGGGCUCAAAGAAGUGUUCAGUCCUCAGAGACAACCUCCAUGAUGACAUGGACUGGACAAUGGAUGUGAGGACAAAGAGCGGAGGAGGAGAACCUACAUACAAUGUCUCUGUGGGAAGAGCUGGAAAAGUUUUGGUUCUGGUAAUGGGCAAAGAAGGGGUCCAUGGAGGCGGAUUGAAUAAGAAGGCUUUCGCGAUGACAAAAUACUUGAGGGAUUCAGGGUUUUAAUGUUUUCAUGCUCACUUAGAUAAAAAUUGAGAGACAAAAAGAAGAGAAAAGAAAUAUUGCUGUUAAGAUUUCUCCUGCAAGCGGUCAAAAUGUCUUGGAAACUUUUAAUAGCAAUGAAGAGUGGUAAGAUACUGUGUCACCUUUGUUCCCCCCCCUUCAUCCUGUAGGGGCGGGAGACUCUUCAAAUUUUGUUCAUUUCUCUUUUUUUCCUUGUGUGCUCCAGUAUUGGUUUUAGUCAUGGGAAAGGAGGCGGUCCAUGGUGGAAAUCUUAACAACAAAGCACAUUCAAUGGCUGACUACCUGAGGAGGUCUGGAUAUUAAGCAACCUCUCCACCCAUCCAUCAACUUAGCAACUCACUCCCACCCACCGCAUUGUGUUGGCACUACUUCCAGGAUAAGAUGGCAUACAAUGUUACUUCCUUUCCCCAGUCUAUUUUUGUAAACAGCCUUUUGUUUGCUUAAGUCCCUCCACACUCCUCCUCCUUUUUUUUUUUUUUUUUUAUAAAACUUCCCCACUUUAACAUUGUACUUCUCAUGUUUUUGACACUACAGUAAUGGCAUGUUCAUUUAUUAACCAAAAGUGUUCAAAAAAUGAUUGCAAAGUGUAAAAUAAAUCUGGACUCGCCUUGUAUAACAUUCACUUAGCAGCUGGCUAAUAUUCCAAGGGGAAGUACACAUGUAAUGGUGGUGAUAGUUUGCAUAGUUUUGCUUUUUGAGCUUUACUAAAAAGAUGCCAGUGUUCUUUUUUUUUUCAUCAGCAUGUGGGCAUUUAAAAAUUGCAUGCAUACCCCUCUUUAGCAUACAGAUCCCAGCCCCUAUCCCCCCCCUCUCUGUUCCUGCGUAAUAUUCCAGCCAAAACCAUCUUCUCUUCUGCCUCCAUCUUCAAAGUCUUCAAGCCUCCAUUAAAUAAAUGACAAAUUUCCUCUGACAAAAAGUCCCGUAUGUGUGUACCAAUUCGCCACCCUCAAGCACAACGUCUCUACCAUCACAUGCUUUUGCUGUUGUACCUGAAUGUGGUCUUAAAGUUAAUGAUGUGGUGUUGGGCUGUUGUUUUGAGUGUAGUGUAAGGUCAGCAUUGCUGAGGUCUCAAAGAUAUUGUCAUGAUACUUCACCACAUCCUGGAGUCUCAGUGGACAUUCCACCUCUGUGACAGCUCGGUCUUUUGUCAGUCAGCUUCUGCUAUUUGUACAUUUUUCUGUAAAACACUACACACCUGUUACGUGGAGUUAUUUUUUCUCCCCCCCUCCCCUUUGGACCAAUUGUCAAUAAAAAGAGGAUUAUCAGAAUUACUUCAGCUUAUUCUGAUGGAUGAUUGUUAGCAUCACCUGUUGACUGUAAAUCAUUAAGACAACUUCAGAUGACUGUAAAACAUUUAACUGCUUCCUUAGACUUCAACACUACUUAAACUUCUCAUCACUAAUUGAUUGGUUGCUAACUUCAUAUCCAUUAACCAAUGAAACGGCAAUGUCAUUUUACUACAGUAUGAAUGCAUUUUGACUGUAAACCGAGGCUGUUGGGCUCCAACACUUUGGAAUUAUUUGCCUUGUGCUUUAGUCAUCAAAAGGUGUAUUCACAAAUUGUCAUAGUACGGUACUUAGAAGUAUAUUUAAAAGAAAAAAAAACGACGCUGUGUACACUAAACAUAAUGAAAAUGGUGUUGGUUGGAAUAAGAACAUUUGUAAGUUGUCUUGUGAAAAUUUUCUGAGAAUAACUGUGUAUUCUGUGCCAUAAAAUCGAUCUGAUCUGUUGCUACUACGAGUUGGAUUUUUAACUGCUGCCCCAGCAAGAAGUAACUUUUAACGGCACUUUCCUAAGGGAUAUUUUGGCAUCAGUAAUCUCCAGACUUUGUGGAAUAUGUACAGAAUUAAACAACAGAAAAAGAAGUUUGCAAUAUUUUGUCCUUUUUUUUUCAUGAGUUGGAAAUUCCUUCUGCCACACAAUCUGCUAUUUCAAAUGCCAUGAAUUGAUGAGACAUCUUGUUUACAGACAGAUCAAAUAAAAGUUAUUCCAACCAGA